GACCAGGUAGCACAAUUUAGCUGCUUACAGAGAGCAUUUGGUUUGCGUCUCACUAGCUCUGGACUACCUGAUCAUGAAGUACCUGCUAGGUUUUUUUUGUUUAGUUUGUGCAAUUGCCACGGCAUUCGAUGUGUCUGAAGAUAGUAAUGACGAUAUCCAAAUUACAUGUGAAGAGCAUUCUGUUCAUGUUAAGUGGAAAGUGGACAAAACAAUGACUGGAAAUCCUACUCGGCUUUUCUUGGGUAGCUGCUUUCCUUCACAAUUCUCAAAUGCGUCAAAUGGAGCAGAAGCAGACUUUUACUAUCCACUUAGUGCUUGUGAUUUCAGACGAAUGGCAACAUGGAAAUACUUGGUGUAUGAGAACAAGCUAACCUACAGGCCGUUGCCAAAGCCCUCCCCUCCUUCUUUCAGCUAUCCAGUUAGAUGUGUGUAUGACAGGCCGAAGGGUUGGACUCCUACCUUCCAGAGCUCUUCUACUGGUGUUAUCCAAGGUCAUGGAGAACUGGCCUUUCACAUGGCAAUUCUCAAUUAUGAUUUCAGUGGCCCUGCAGAAUCCAAUGUCUUUCCAAUGGGAUCUUUUGUUCCUAUCUGGGCUGGUGUUAACCAGCAAGCCCAUCAGCCUCUGCUGCUGCUUCUGGAGGAAUGUGUAGCCUCCACAACACUCGAAAUGUACCCAGAUACUCUUACAUACCCACUUAUUACCAAUAAAGGGUGCCUUGUGGAUGGUAAGAAAAGCUUCUCUAAGUUUUUACCAAGGUAUCACUCCUCCUCGAUCCUCUGCCAUAAACGACACAAAUGA